AUGUUCCAGUGCGUCCUUGGCGAUCUGAGCCGUCUGCUCGACGGGAACUCCCCUCUGCAGACCGACUUUACCAUCAUCACCACCAAGUCACUGGUCAAGUCGUCGGCCAGUGGUGGUCACUAUCAGCUGGAGCGCCGCAUUCAGCGUCAUCAGGCGCAUCGAUUUGUGCUUAGCUUUCGUUCGCGCUAUUUUGAGUCCUACUUUCGUUUUGAGGCAAACCAGGGCAAGGAUAAGGGGAAAGAGAAAGAUAAGGAUAAAGACCGGAAGGGCAAACAGGCUAGUGAUGAGCUAGUGUUGAAUGACAUCACCGGUGAGGUGAUGGCCGCUAUCCUUCACUACAUUUACCGCGGCACCUUUGCCUACGAACCGGUCCACCAGUUAAUGGAUCUGAUGGUCGCUGCCGACCACUUUCUUCUCGAUGAGCUUGUAAAAAGCUUGACAGACACCGUCAUUGCAGACUUGUCGCCCGACAAGGUGGUCUACGUUUUCAAGGUCGCUUCAGAGCACUACAAUUUUGACCGACUAAGCAAGGCGGCCACCGCGUACAUUCUCGAGCACGGCCAUCUGAUGCUGGAGGAGCCCUCUUUUCUGCAGAGCAUGACCCCCGACGAGUUGGUUACCUUCCUCUCUGACGAUUUUUUUGUUGUGAAGGAGGACAACCUGAUUCCCUUUCUCUUUCGGUACAUGAAGGAGCACGCCAUUGACCAGCAGGAGAACGGGCUGGAGGUGAUGAGCAAACUGCUCGAUGUAGUACGCUUUGUACUGCUCGCCGAUGGGCCAAAACUGCUGGCAACGCUUGAUGUCAACGAGGAACUGUUUUUCAACUUGGUCGUCACCAAGUACGAUCUAGCAGAGGAGAGGGCAGCAGAGAUUGAGCGCAGGAAACUGGAACGGAAGGAAACGGAAGAGAAAGAAGCGGAAAACAUAAGCCAAUCAAUCACCAAUUCUAGUCAAUGA